AUGUUUUAUGUGGUGAGAUCGACCCACCUUGGCACACAGACCAGGGAAGCUGCUAUAGGCACACUCAGCCAUUCGUCAAAUGAGGUAGCAGCCAAUAAGCCCACCCUGCGCCUCACACAAUCGACUGAUACCGAAGUAGAAUACUCACCCCCACCUGCAUCGUCAGAAUAG